UCUCACGGCAGGACAACCCAAGGGCAUCAAAGCAAGACAAGAUGACUCACCAUUGCACCAAGUUCUCCGGCCACUGGAAGAUCAUUGUCUUCGACGAGGAGUGCUUCCAGGGCCGCCGCCAUGAGUUCACUUCUGAGUGCUGCAACGUGAUGGAGUUCGGCUUCGAGACUGUGCGCUCCCUGAGGGUGGAGAGCGGAGCCUGGGUGGGUUAUGAGCACGCUUCCUACCAGGGACAGCAGUUUGUCCUGGAGAGGGGAGAGUACCCCCAGUGUGAUGCCUUCGGAGGCAGCAAUGCCUAUCACAUUGAGAGGAUGACCUCCUUCAGACCUAUUGCCUGUGCUAACCACAGAGAGUGUCGUAUGACUAUCUAUGAGCGUGAGAACUUCCUGGGCCGUAAGGGUGAGCUUAGUGACGAUUAUCCCUCCCUCCAGGCCAUGGGCUGGUGCAACAAUGAAGUUGGCUCUCUCAGGAUCCAGUCUGGAGCAUUCGUGUGCUACCAGUACCCUGGUUAUCGUGGAUACCAGUAUAUCAUGGAGUGUGAUCGUCACUGUGGGGAGUUCAAACACUUCAGGGAGUUUGGCUCCCACUGCCAGACCCCUCAGAUCCAGUCCAUCCGCCGUAUUCAGCAGUAACAACUUACUCCAGACCCUCUCUCCCAUGUGACCCUUCACCCUUGACCCCUGCUGCUCCCCAGUGCUGAAUAAACUGUCUUUCUUAAACCUUA